CGCACCUUGACAGUAAAAAUAAUGGAGUGAACCGUGCAGAAACGGUAACAGAAGGAGGAGAGACAGGGAUAAACUGGGAGGGUCACUUUACUGGGAGUAUAACUCUAGUCGAGAGCGGCGACAAGGAAACAGAAUAAACUGCAUUAGACCAUCAGUCCAGACUUCCGUGUGUUUGGACGGGGACACCACAGACCGAGGGAGGCAUGACACAGUAAAUUUCUCUGCAGCCAACAUCAAAGAAGACACACGUCUGGACUGAUUAUGGAAAUCAGCUGUUACUUUCACUUUGUAUUAGUCCACACGUUAUACAAUUAAAUGUUUUUUUCCAUAUAUAUUUUCAUGUUUUUUCCAUUACAAAGUGGUUAGAGAAAUCCUUUGGCUUUAAAAGUGCACUCAAAGUCCUUGGAGGAGUGCCUGAACACUGUGGGGCUGCAGUCUGAUAAUACGAGCAGAAAGACAAUUUCACUUUCAGGACAGCCUGACUGACCUACAUCUAGGCCUGUUUAACCUAAACAACUUCCAUCUGAGUCAACACCUUCAGUCAUUUUCAACAUGUCCAACCAGCCCAUCCAAAACCACCAUGAAGAGGCCUACUUGUCCCUGAUGAGAGGCUUUAGAGAGCUGGACCUCCGUGGCCCCUGUGUUCCCAGCGACCUGGUUCUGAUUGGAGACCAUGCCUUUCCUUUAACAAUGAACAGCCGAGGCCAGGUCCUGAUGGCUGCCUCUCUCUACGGUCGUGGAAGGAUUGUGGUCCUGGGCCAUGAGGGAUACUUGACAGCCUUCCCUGCUCUGGUGGAGAACGCCCUGACCUGGCUGAGAGGAGAUGGAUCUGACAACCUGUCUGUGGGGGUUCAGGAGAACGUCAAGGCAGUCGCUGAAAACCUCAGCAAAUCCAGCUUCCAGGUCAAAGUGGUGGGGGCCUUUAGUGACAGUCUUGAGGUUGGUGUGUAUGUGACGGAUGCCUACAGUGUGGGUGCAGACCCGAAGGAGCUGGUGGCAUUUCUGAAAGCUGGAGGAGGAGUGCUGAUAGCAGGUCAGGCGUGGAGCUGGGCUGCAGAUCACCCUAAGGAGAACACUCUGCUUCAGUUUGAAGGGAAUAAGGUUUCUGGUGUAGCAGGGGUCUACUUCUCUGAGCAUCUCGGUGAGGUGGAGUGCCUGCCUGUCUAUCCUCAAAUCCCGUCUUCGUGGAUGGCUGUAGUAAUCGGUAAGGAUUUUGAGGAUGACUUGGAGUUCUUACUCCAGGGGGUUUCAGAGUUUGACCUCCAGGGUGGAGCAAUAGCUUCGGAGAUUCUGGUCCAUGGCCCUCUAGCCUUCCCCAUCGGGACCACUGCGGAUGGACGAGCGUUCCUGGCAGGAGCCUACUAUGGGCAGGGACGAGUCAUUGUGAUUUCACAUGAAGGACUUCUGGGACGAGAGACACUGGCUCCAUUUUGGAACAACGCCAUUCACUGGUUGGAUGAAGGCCGGCAGGGGGUCGUUGGUGUGCUGCCUCAAAACGCCCUCAACGUUCUCAGCAAGUCAGGGCUGCAGUGUGAGAACACAAACUUCAGGAAAGACCUGAGUGUAUUUGUGUGUACGGCGUACAGUGAUGAUCAUGCGGAGGAAAUCCAAGACUUUGUGGCUGAGGGAGGAGGCCUGCUGAUUGGUGGACACGCCUGGUACUGGGCACAGACGCACCACGGGCAAAACCCAUUAACGGAUUUUGCAGGGAACAAGAUCCUGAACAAAAUGGGCUUGAGCCUGUUGGGCGCAACGAUCUGUGGGGGUUUAUACAAGGCCCCUGUACCCAGCCAGGCCAUCAAAGACAGCUACCACUUCCGCCACCUCCUGCGCCGCUUUGCUGGCCACGUAACCCAGGGCGAAGAACUUACGAAACUUGAGGAGGAAUGCCUUCAAAGGCUGGGCAAUGACUGCUCCACCUACUUGAACAUGAAGGCUCACGACUGCUCCUCUUAUACACAGGUCGUGUCCACCCUCACAGAAAUCUUAAAGAGGUCGGGCAUGCCACAGGUGUGUGACAGCAACCCUGUGAGGAGUCCCAAAGACCACCUACUCCUCAAUGUGGGGGCAGAGGUGUAUAAGGUUUGCCCAAAUCCUGAUGCCCUCUUUCCUUUCCUCAUCAAGAAUAACCCGUUGAUGCCAGUUGUCUAUAACCACAGGAUCAACAUUAAUGUUAACACAGCAGGAGGGGAGGAGUGGAUCAGUACAGGUCUCUACCUCUCUCCUGGUAUGAAGACCUACAUGGCCAUACCAACAGAGAUGGUCAACAAGGGAUGGAAGGUCCAGAUAGGCUGUCAGACAGACAGGCUGAACGCUGCAGAGCUGAAGAGAGCACCAUCUGUUCAUGAACGAUUCCCCAUAACCACAGACAUGAUGCAGGUGUGGAACCUGUGGGGGGGGCUCCUCUACCUGGUGGCCCCACCCAACACCCAAGUGGAGGAGGUACAGGUGAUAGUGCAGAUAGCUGUACCUGCUCCGUAUUAUAAAUCUGGUGUGACAACAGCAGCUGACUGGUCCUUGCUGCGCACUGCUCCCUCACCCUGGGCAGAGUUGGAGUUUGACAACAUCAUCCUUACUGUACCAUCGGAGGUUGUUCGGGGCUUGGAGCGCCCUGAUGAGUUGGCGUCGCUCUGGGAUAGCAUCAUGAGAGCCAUUGCUGACCUGGCUGUCAUACCACACAAAUUUCCCCGCAAAGAACGCUUUGUAGCAGACGUGCAGAUUUCUCAUGGUUGGAUGCAUGCAGGUUAUCCUGUCAUGAUGCACAAGGCUUCAGCAGCUGAGCUGGUCAGUGUUGAAAAUGCCACGCGUGGAGGCCUGUGGGGCCCCAUCCAUGAGCUUGGACACAACCAGCAGAGAAGCUGCUGGGAGUUCCCAUCACACACCACAGAGUGUACAUGCAACCUGUGGUCAGUGUAUGUGCACGAAGAGGUGCUGGGGAUGAACAGGGCACAGGCUCACCCAAAUAUGACUUUAGAAUAUCGAAACAAACGAGCAGAGGACUAUGCUAAGGGAGGGAGGAAUCUCAGCAGCUGGUCAAUGUGGGUGGCCCUGGAGACAUAUAUGCAGCUCCAGGACACGUUUGGCUGGGAUGCCUUUAAGACGGUGUUUGCUGCCUACCACGAGAUGAGCGACUUUCCCAAUGACAACAGAGGAAAGAUGAACCUGUACGCCGAGACUUUCUCCCAGGCUGUGGGGUUGAACCUGUGUGGAUUCUUUAAGGCCUGGGGCUGGCCCAUCGACCCCACCACUGAAGAGAAACUCUCCAACCUGCCUUCUUGGAGUGACCACCCCAUGGUCCAGUAUGACUGAACUUCAGUCUGCUGCUAAUUAAAGUGCAGUGAGAUGGGUUCAGUGAGUACUAAAUUAAAAAUAAGCAUUUAGUGGGACUAUAUAAACUAUACAAAUAUAAACUAUAUAUAUAUAUAUAUAUAUAUAUAUAUAUAUAUAUAUAUAUAGCAUUCUGUGUAACAUUAUUGCAUAGAUUUCUCCAGUGCUACACAAAAUGUUCAUAGGUUUCUUGAAGAAAUAAAUGCUCAAAUGUGACAUUUCAUUGUCAGUGUGUUUGUCACGGGGAGACCCCGUGGCCUAAAGUAAGGCACAUGCACUACACACUCUUUC